CAAAUUUUAAAUCUGAGUUGUAAUGCAAUUCGUAGCCUCCCAAAUUUCAUUAGAGGUCAUACUGGACUCCAGAUCCUUAGUUUAGAUAGGUGCACUAGGCUCCGAUCACUUGAAGUGUCGCAGAAAUUGAAAGAAUUAUGGUUCGUAGGAUGUACAUUGUUGGAGAAAGUAACCUUUCCAACCAUAGAAUAUAAUGACAUAUAUGGCAAUCAAGGCACUCGCUGUUUGCGUCCAAAUGAACUACACAUGGGCAGAAAUUUUAAUGUAGUCGAGAUUAUGGGAAACUUCAAGCUUGAACCUUUAGGAAAUAUUGACAUGGAGAUAACUAACAAUUUGGGCUUGUCCAACUUAGGAUCCAUGGGAAGCCAAACUGUUAUGCUUGCCACCAACUGGUACUCAGACAGUCCAAGGAAGCUUCCCCUACAGGGAUGUCAUGAAAAACACAUAUUCUAUACUUAUUGUUUAGGAAGCAAGGUUCCAGACUGGUUUAAUCUUAAAAAUGAAGGAUCUUCAAUAUCAUUUACUGUGCCGUCGCAUCUUAAUUUCAGAAUCCGAUGCUUGAUUGUAUGUUCUAUUUAUACACUUUGCAAUAAUCGAAAAGAAGAUGAUAGGCUUGAUAGGUUUUAUUGCGGCACACAUACUAGUAUCAGUGAUACGACCAAGAGUUUGAUUUGGAGACAUUUACCAUAUGUCCGUGGCAUUCCAGAAGCUGAUGAGGAUAUGAUGAUGCUAAGCUAUUGGAAGUUUGAAAAUCAGUUGGAAUGUGGCGAUGAACUGAAUAUUUCAGUGGUUGGAAAUGGGUAUAUUCAUGUAAAGGAGGUGGGAGUCCAUCUUGUGUACAAGGAGCAAGAAGAGAAGAGUAGCCAAUCAACUAGUGAAGAAGAAUCCCAACAAUUCUCUUACUAUGGAAAUGUAAUUCGCAGAAAUGCAAAUGGUAAAAAAGUCUGCCAUCUAGGUUGUCAUCUGUGGAAUUGCAGAAUUUGUGACGGUCUAUAAUCUCAGCCUUCGUGCACUACUACCUUUGGGAAUUGGUUGUUUUGGAGCUGUGAGAUUGGAUAGGCAACGAUGUUAAGGAUUUUGAUUAAGUGAUAUGAAUCAGUUGUAUAUUGCUAGUGGCUCUGCUUUGUGAUUUUCUGUUAUGAAGGCAGAAGUUAUUUCAGUGAGAGAGAAUAUGCUGCUACUUUUCUUUGAUUUUGAUGAUGCUGUGUACUACUGUUUAGGUGAAGCCGCUGCUUCUGGGAUUAUAUUUUAAUUUGGAAUUCUCGGAGUUAUUUUGCUAA